AUGAGAAGAUUGGUGUUGAGUUCUGAAUGCAAUGAGGAUGAUGUGGUUGGGAGAAAGAAUGUCAACAAGGAGUCUUUGGAUGGUAGGAUGCAGGUUGUUGGAAGGGUUUUGCGGUCUAAGACAAUGUCGAUGAAUGGUGAUGAAAAGGUUUUUGAUGGCGGAAAGGGUGAAAAUGUUCGAAUGAUUGGCAGACCAUGGAAAAGAAUAAAAGGGCAACGCGGAAGGCCCCCCAAGGUUAAGUGGAUAAAUGGGGUAUCUCUGGUGAUUGGUGACGAGAAAGAAAAGGUUAUGGGGUCCAAGAAAAAUAGUGGUAACAAGGCCUCAGAGGUGAUCAAUGUUGAGAAAGAAAAAGUUACAAGGUCCAAGGGAAAGAGUCAUCGACCAAAGAAUCAGAGCCAGCGCAACAGGCUAACCAGUCAUUCACAUCAGGUGGGGAGGAGUGCUAAUGGAAAGCAGUUGGAAACCAACAAGCACAAGAAAGAAGGAGAAGUGGGGCGUAGGGAAGAAAAACAGUUAGUGAGAGAACAGAUAAUCAGCAUGCUUAAGAAAGCAGGAUGUACUGUUGAAUAUAGACCCAGGCAAAGCAGAGAGUACCUCGAUGCAGUAUAUGUCGAUCCUGAAGGAAGAACUUACUGGUCAGUCACCUUGGCCUACAGGAAGCUUAAAGAGAAAGUUGAAGAUGGAGUUGCUGACAAUAAGACCAUUUCUGCCUUUAUUCCUAUACCGGAGGAGGUGUUUCAGCAAACUUUUUAG